ACAACUUCAGCAGACUCUACUUUUAAUACACCCAGCGCCAAAAAAGAUGAAGUUCGUUGUCUCUGGUUACGCUAUCAAGGAUGACAUAGUCAACUGUCGCUCGGGUCCAGGAACCUCCAACAAUAUCGUCCGCACUUACAAGAAGGGAACCCAAGUGACGCUCUCGUGCCAGACUCCAGGCACAACGAUCGGUGGCAACAACCUCUGGGACAAAACCCAACAUGGAUCCAGCAGCCCCUCUGGCGGUGGCUCCUCGAGCGGAUACUGCAAGGGCGUCAGCGCCGCGUCGCUCAACAUGAUCAAGGUGUUCGAGGGCUACGAGCCAAAUGUCCCACCUGUCGGUUACGGUCACCUGUGCCAGACCACUGGCUGCAAGGAGGUCAAGUACAAGUUCCCGCUGACCAAAGAGACUGCCGAGGCUCUGCUCAAGGACGAUAUCCCCAAUUACACAUGCCUGGGCAACUACCUGAACGGCAAUGUCAAGCUCAACGAGAACCAGUGGGGUGCGCUGGUGUCGUGGGUGUUCAACAUGGGCUGUGGUGCAGCCCAGUCCUCGCCUCUGGUCAAGCGUCUGAAUGCUGGUGAGAACCCAAACACCGUCAUUGCCAGUGAGCUGCCCAAGUGGAACAUGGCUGGUGGCCGUUUUCUGCUUGGCCUUGAUCUCCGCCGCAAGGAGGAGGUAAAGUUUGCCCAGACUCCUUCGAACAAGCAGGCUUUCCCUAACUGCGAGUAAGCCAUAAAAUAUUUCAUGUAAAUACACUUCUUUUUCUACUG